AUGGCUUCCCUUCUUUCAACUUCAUCAGCUCCUGUGGUCACCCUUCCUCACAGUGCUGCUCCCAGAGCCAAAUGCACCAUAAGGCAAAUUGGUUUCUCUGCAGUUAGAGAGGGUGGAAACUCUUUGAGAAAUUUCGUCGAACACGUGGUGUUCGAGGUGGGUGUGGGGACAGGGAUGGCAGCUAGGGUGGAGGCUAGUGAGACAGAGAAAGGGGAGAGCAGAGUAGGAGACGAUGACAAAGAGAUACCUGAAGGUCGCUGGCGAGCAGGAGCGCUGCCGGUGGUGCUUCGCCUGGGCAAAGGUAGGUAG